GGGGGCGGGGACUCCGGGAUUCCGAGGUCGCGGGGGGGAUCGGGAGUUUCUGGAUUCUUUAUCCCGCGUCUUGAGGGCGGCCCGCCCGAGGGUUGUCGCCCGGGCCGCGCCGAGGAGCGACUAGGGCGAGCGGAUCGGCCGCCACCGGGGCGCGGAGAAUAAGAAAGCUAACCUGAAUUUUGGGGAAAGAACAGAGUGAAGAAAUAAGGAUAGAAGACAAGGUUUACCGGUUUGCAUAAUCUGGAAGAAGACUGACUGGUACUAGGAAUACUGUCUAAAAACCUGGAUUUUACUCAGUCAGCAUUGUACUCUAAGCAUAUUUACUGAAGUGAUGCUCAACUCAAGGAGGAGAUUUCCCUCAUGGAUACAUUUUCAUAGCAUUAUUAUGUGAUAUAAGAAGUUUUUUUUCUUUGACGUAACAUGGAUUUUAUACUACAGAAUUAAGAGAAUUGGCUGUAUAGGAAAAAUUGAUAUAUAAAAAGUGGUGCAUGUUUAUAGAUAACCAUGACAACAUCGUAUAUGAAUGGGCAUGUAACAGAGGAAUCAGCCACCGGAAUAAAAAAUCUUGAUCUUACAUCACCAGAGGAACAUCAGAAGCACCGAGAGAUGGCUGUUGACUGCCCUGGAGAUCUGGGCACCAGGAUGAUGCCAGUGCGAAGAAGUGCACAGUUGGAGCGUAUCCGACAGCAACAGGAGGAUAUGAGGCGUAGGCGUGAGGAAGAGGGGAAAAAGCAAGAACUUGAUCUAAAUUCUUCCAUGAGACUUAAGAAACUAGCUCAAAUUCCUCCAAAGACUGGAAUAGAUAACCCUAUUUUUGACACAGAAGAAGGAAUUGUUUUAGAAAGUCCUCACUAUGCUGUGAAAAUAUUAGAAAUUGAAGACUUGUUUUCCUCGCUUAAACACAUCCAGCACACUUUGGUUGAUUCCCAGAGCCAGGAGGAUAUCUCACUGCUUUUACAGCUCGUACAAAACAGAGAUUUUCAGAAUGCGUUCAAGAUACACAAUGCUGUCACAGUGCACAUGAGCAAGGCCAGUCCCCCAUUUCCUCUUAUCUCCAAUGUACAAGACCUUGUACAAGAGGUACAAACUGUCUUAAAGCCUGUCCAUCAGAAGGAAGGACAAGAAUUAACUGCUUUGUUAAAUGCUCCACAUAUUCAGGCACUUUUACUGGCCCAUGAUAAGGUUGCUGAGCAGGAAAUGCAGCUAGAACCCAUUACAGAUGAGAGAGUGUACGAAAGUAUCGGCCAGUAUGGAGGAGAAACUGUAAAAAUAGUUCGCAUAGAAAAGGCUCGUGAUAUUCCAUUGGGUGCCACGGUUCGUAAUGAAAUGGAUUCUGUCAUCAUCAGCCGUAUCGUGAAAGGCGGUGCCGCAGAGAAGAGUGGGCUCUUACACGAAGGAGACGAGGUUCUGGAGAUCAACGGCAUUGAGAUUCGGGGGAAGGAUGUCAAUGAGGUUUUUGAUUUAUUGGUACGAUCAGACUGUAGAAUAAUUGAUUCAUUUAAAAACCUACUUUGUUAUUCUCCAUUGUGCUGGAUAUUUUGUUUUACCAUUGUAUGUAUUCUUGGUCUUAUUUUUACCCUUUUAAUAUUUCAGAUCCAUGUAAAAGCUCAUUUUGAUUAUGAUCCCUCGGAUGACCCUUAUGUUCCAUGCCGAGAGUUAGGUCUGUCUUUUCAAAAAGGAGAUAUACUUCAUGUGAUCAGUCAAGAAGAUCCAAACUGGUGGCAGGCCUAUAGAGAGGGGGACGAAGACAAUCAGCCUCUAGCUGGACUCGUUCCAGGGAAAAGCUUCCAGCAGCAACGAGAAGCCAUGAAGCAAACCAUAGAAGAGGAUAAGGAGCCCGAAAAGUCAGGAAAACUGUGGUGUGCAAAGAAGAAUAAAAAGAAGAGGAAAAAAGUUUUAUAUAACGCCAAUAAAAAUGAUGAUUAUGACAAUGAAGAGAUCUUAACAUACGAGGAAAUGUCACUUUACCAUCAGCCAGCAAAUAGAAAAAGACCUAUCAUAUUGAUUGGUCCACAGAACUGUGGCCAGAAUGAACUGCGUCAGAGACUCAUGAACAAAGAAAAAGACCGCUUUGCAUCUGCAGUUCCUCAUACAACUCGGAACAGGCGAGACCACGAAGUAGCUGGUAGAGACUACCACUUUGUUUCUCGGCAAGUGUUUGAAGCAGAUAUAGCAGCUGGCAAGUUCAUUGAACAUGGUGAAUUUGAGAAAAAUUUGUAUGGAACCAGCAUAGAUUCUGUACGACAAGUAAUUAACUCUGGCAAAAUAUGUCUCUUAAGUCUUCGAACACAGUCUUUGAAGACCCUCCGGAAUUCAGAUUUGAAACCUUAUAUCAUCUUCAUUGCGCCACCUUCACAAGAAAGACUUCGGGCAUUGUUAGCCAAAGAGGGCAAGAACCCAAAGCCUGAAGAGCUAAGGGAGAUCAUUGAGAAGACUAGAGAGAUGGAACAAAACAAUGGCCACUACUUUGACACUGCAAUCGUGAACUCAGAUCUUGACAAAGCCUACCAGGAGUUGCUUAGGCUCAUUAACAAACUAGACACUGAACCUCAGUGGGUGCCAUCCACUUGGCUAAGGUGAAGGAGACAGCUCUUUGAUUCUGCGUCACCAUGUUGAACUUCAUUUGGCAAACCACCAACAGGAAGAUGGCCUCAGUGCUGAGAAUAAGGUAGAAGGAGGCAGAGUAAGCAGCUGGCCUCUCUGUAGAUCUCUUACACUAGGAAAAAGGUCCCUUAUGCAGUUUGUACACAACACUCUCAUCUCCUGUGCAUGGCUUUAGGGACCCUUGGCUUGUUUGGAGAUUUCUUCAGAGCAUUUCUGAUUUAUCCUGGUGAAACCUUUUGUUUUCACCGUCCUGAAUCUUUGCCUCUCAGUCAGAUGUCCAUGAAGAAAUUGGUAUGUAUAUACAAAAUAAUACUCCAUGCCUCACAGAGUUAUAAAUAUUAACAUUAUUUAACACUUAACUUAAAUGACUGUGGAAUUACUGGGAGAAGGAGCUGUGCUUCUGUGCAUGGGAAUAACAGUAUUUUCUUAAACGACUGAUUUCAUCAUCAGAAAUAUUUCUCUUAAAAAGGAAAAAAAAAGGUGCCGCUUUAGUUUGGAGCGACUUUUUAAGUUUAAAUUUAUUUGUACGUCUUUUCAUUCUGAAAAAAACAUUCCAUCAGAAAUGCCAACUUUACUGGGCAUGGCAGGACAUGCCUUUUGAUCCCAGCACUCGGGAGGCCGAGGAGUGUCUCUAAAUUCGAGACUAGUCUACAGAGUGAGUUCCAGGACAACCAGGGCUACACAAAGAAGCCCUGCCUCAAAAAAAAAAAAAAAAAAACAAAAAAAAAAAAAAAAAAUAAAGAAAAGAAAAACCAACUUUUUAGUUUGGACUUCGUGGAUGAGAGUGCACACCCAGCAAUCUCUAGUGCAGUUAAAAGUAUAGAAAAGAUGCUGACAUUUUUAAAGAUAGAAUUUUCUAAAUUCUUUUAGUAAAUUGUGGUGAUUUGAUAGCCUUGAUUCCUUUUUCUGAUACGAGAGUUCGUAUAAACUGUGUUGACCAUUGAGGUUUCUCCCUCGUGAUGGAAAUAGUUUUUUAUUUCCAUGGAAAGAUAAUAACACAUUUGACAGUUUCUGCAUUUUUAUAUCAGAGUACAGAAUUUUGUCUGACUGUGCUAUGUAUGUAUCAAACUGGAAAUCUGCUGUACUGUAUGCUGAUAUUUAAUAGAUUAAUAAAUAGCUGUCUUCGGCAUCGGGAUAUAAUUUUAUGCACAUAUACACUGAGGGAACACCAUGACAACUAACUUAGAGAUCAGAAGGAAGACUUAAAGUCACUGAGAAUUUUAGAAAAGGACACUGGAGGAAAGUCUAUUUAAGCAAAUACAGUCAAGGUUUGUCCUAACAAGGUCUACCUUGUGACCGAAAUACAAUAGCUUGCUACAUCUCAAAUGUUGAUUUAAAAAAAUCUUAAAUAGGAUUCUUGUACUGUUUCUACAACUACAGCUUUAAAGUGCAGUGUCUGCAAAUCCAAAUGGAAAGUUAACUUGUAGUCUUCUCAAGCCUUUAAGGACAGUGUGAUGUGUGACAAUGUGAAUGUCUUCAUUUGUGUAGCUACAGCAUUUCAUGUUCCUACAGCUAAACACUGGAAUGAUACUGAACUCACUUUGCACAAGCAGUUGUUGUUGAUGUCUUGUCAGUGCCCUUCAUGUGUCUCAUCUCUCUUCUAGAUAAUCUUAUGGAACAAAUUAGAGUUUGUGAUGUCUUAUUAUGUUCAAUUUUUGCAUGGCUUUUGUAGUUGGCUGGCAAGUGUGUCUACUUAGAAAUAUUUUUUAAAAUAAUUUUCCUUUGGAAUAAAGGAAUGUUCUUGGGUUGAGGGAAGGAAUGCUAUUACACAGCCUUGAGUCUGAACACUCCCAGUUUACAGGAGGAAAAAGCCAAGUCUACACCCUCGUCAGCACUGAAGGUCAAUUUACUUAGCACUUAAAAGAAAUCUUUUCAGUUUUCCUCUCUCCUCAGGAAUGAGAGGCACUCCAUGGUCAGUAGAGCGUUGUGAUCUGCACACUGAGAAUUCUGACUGACAGAGACUUGGUGCACACCUGUAACCUCGGCAGGAUGAGCUAGGUAGAGAAGGCUGGCCUGAGCUACGUGAAACAAGUGGGAGGGGGAGGAAAGAAAAAAAGGAUCUUUGGAUUUGAGUAAAGCUGUAAGUAAUGCCAGUGCCACUGGUGACAGUGGGGUUGUAUGCUCUCAGCUCAAACACAGGACCUUCACAGGCAGAGCCUCAACUUAGGCGUGUGCGAGGCCACCGUGCAUGCUUUUAGACUGUGAUUUUCAAGAUCAGUGAGAUGCUAUCGUUCUCUUUACUCAUAUCCGUAGAUGGAUAGUAUAUACUUAUCCUGAACUUUUCUAAAUCCUAGUGACUAUGAAUAUACUAAUGCUCAACAAAGUCCAUAAACAUAGCGAAAAGUUAAGCUAUGCUAACUUUAAAAAAAAAAGCCUUAUUAUAUAUGUAAUUGUACAGCAUUAGGACUAAUUCGAUUCCCUGUCCCUCUGUGGUUCUGAUGGGAAGCCUUAGGCACUUACAGAAGUGAUCCUGUGGCUGGCAGGAGCAUGACUCAGUUGGUAGAGUAUUGCCCAGCAUGCACAAAGCCCUGGCUAGACCCCCAGCACCGGGGCUUCAUGGCUGUAGUCACAGAGUUUGAAAAGUGGAAGCAGAAGGAUCAGCAGCUAUAUCAGCCACAUGGACCCUGUCUCAGAAAUAAAGUAGAUGUAUCAGCUGAUGACAUAUCCUCAGGAAAUCCAAACAAGGAAGUACUGGCAUUUCUUUAGUCUUCCUAGGUCAGAACAAAUUAGUAUUUAGACUGAUCCAGAUUAGGUUUCUGUGAAAAUCUAGGGUAUGGAUUGUUUUCCUUCCCUCGUGGCCUAAGGAGUAAUUAUUGAAAAGGAAUGAUUUGAAUGUAAUUUUUGUGAGUGUGUGGAAACUAUUAACCAGGGAUUUAUCCUGAAUGAAGGUAAUCACUCUGACAUUAAUUGAUCUCCCUUUGUACUGUCUUGUUUCUCCACUGUUCUCUUGAGAUGUCAUACUGCACACUGUAUUGUAAAAAUAAAAAGUAAAACUAUA